CCCGGAUCGGUUUCGCUCUCUAUCGGCGACGGCCAUCCCUCCAGCCGACCCCGAGCGAGCCUGCCUCUCUCUCCCCUCCUUCGGCACUCUUAUCAUCCUCGACCGACUCCAUCGAGGCUCGUCGAGUCACGCCGCUCCUGACCGACCACCCUGUCCGGAUACCAUGAUCAUCGAAAUGCAGGACUGGAGAUAUGAAAUGCGACGGGAGAUUCAAGAGAUCGUCCCGGGCUUGUUUCUUGGACCAUACUCGUGCUCAAAGAACCUCCAGGAUCUGCAAUCCAAAGGUAUCACCCACAUGGUGAUGAUCCGAGAUACCACCGAGCAGCACAUUAUGAAGCCACUGUUCCCAAAUCUCUUUCAGUAUCAUAUCGUCGAGGCCUCCGACUCGCCGAUGCAGAACCUGAUCCCGUACUUUCCGAAAACCAACGAGUACAUCCGAAGCGUCCUCGCCCACGGCGGCCGGGUGUUUGUGUAUUGCAACAGCGGCAUAUCUCGGUCGCCGACCUUUGUCGUGGCCUAUAUGAUGGAGUCCUUCAAGAUGGCCUUUCAGGUCGCAAUCAACUACGUGCAGUCGAAACGGUUCUGUAUGAAUCCCAACGAAACCUUCAAGCUGCAGCUGCGGGAAUACGAGCCUAUCUUCCAUGCGCGCGAAGCUAUAGAGCAAAUGCAAUACACCCCCGAACAGGUGCUGCUUCAGGGCCAACGAAGGCGGCCAAUCGAUGAGGACGAGGACGAAAUGGAGUGAUAUCGAUAAAACGCCAUUCCGGCGCAUCACGAGAUUAUUUGGUCGCUGCUGGUGCCCAGCGCAUCCCAGUAAUCCUUCACUAAGGCUUUUGGACAAUUGCUCGAUCCGCUUGCGGACUCACAAUCGGAAUCGGUCCAGCUCCAAGUGCUCCUGCUGUACAUCGAGUCAACAACCCAACUCAAUAACCAAACACACCACCUCACCGACACCCCGACGACCAUCUUUUCCCGCGAGCCCCUUGCCAACCGUCCUGGUCAAGGAUCAUGUCCUGCGGCUCCAAUAGCCACGAGGCUACUGUGCCCUUGCAUCCGCCUUUCACAGAUCUGUUGCGCUCGCACGCAAUACGAUACCUGGGUCAGAGCCACCAGCGGCUAUUGUUCUGAUCCUGAAUACACACGUCCUUCGCAAGUUUGUCCAGAA